AUGAGUUCAAUUAUUUUGAAUCAAAGGAUCGAUCAGGAAAAAGGUCACUGGGGCAUGAAUAAAAACGUUGAGAUAAAAAAAGAUAAAUCAAAACUUUAUUUGGUUGAAGAAAACCAACAGAUUGCAAUCAUAGGAAAUUUGAUGCAGCCAAGCGGAUCAAACGAGUGUUUGGCCACCGGAUUUCGCUUCAGCGUCACCCACGACGACCCACCGUUCGGACAGAGUGAGCCACUCGAUGGGUGCGGCAAGUCGCCCGGUGACGAAACGUUGCUGCUUCAACUGCAACAGCAACCGGACGGAAGUUGUUCCGAAAAGCCGAUCACGUGUGACUACCUGUCGCCGUACGCGUUUACGGCCAGAAACUCGUUGGGAUCCACAUCAGGUUAG